AGAAAGCAGGACUGGAGCAGCUCUCCCCCCCACAGCCAUCUGACACUGCUUGGGGUUUUGCAGUCAUCAGCAAUUACCCCAGGACCAGAGAGAGAGGGCGAGCUCAGGGGGUGGCUGUCAGAGCGCCCAGAGCAAGGAGCUCCCAGCUGGUGCCAGAGCUCAGCAGAGACUGAGCACAGAGUCCCAGGGCUGCCCUUCUUCAGGCUGCUCUGUACAGACACCAGGGAGGGGGCGUGGAGCUCCAGAACUGCCCUCAGUGACAGUGACAGCUCUUAUAUGGACUGAGAUGGCCUCAGAUCUGGCCAUGAGCACAGAGCUCCCCAACAGUCCCCUCGCCAUAGAGUAUGUCAAUGACUUCGAUCUGAUGAAAUUUGAGGUCAAGAAGGAGCCCCCAGAAGCUGAGAGGUUCUGCCACCGCCUGCCCCCAGGAUCUCUUUCGUCCACCCCCAUCAGCACCCCUUGCUCAUCUGUGCCUUCUUCCCCCAGCUUCUGUGCCCCAAGCCCUGGGGCCCAAUCCGGCGUGAACCCCAACAACCCCAACCCUGCCAACAAACCUCAGCUGGAGGACCUGUACUGGAUGUCUAACUACCAGCAUCAUAUCAACCCCGAAGCCCUGAACUUGACCCCAGAAGAUGCUGUGGAGGCUCUUAUAGGGAAUCCCCACCACCAUCACCACCACCACCAGAGCUAUGAAGGCUUCAGGGGCCAGCAGUACCCGGGGGAUGAAUUGGCACCAUCUGGGCAUCACCACCAGGUUCAUCAUCAUCACCACCACCAUCACAACCACCACCUCAGGCUGGAGGAGCGGUUCUCGGAUGAGCAGCUGGUGAGCAUGUCUGUAAGGGAACUCAACAGGCAGCUGAGGGGCUUCAGCAAAGAGGAGGUAAUACGCCUCAAACAGAAGAGAAGGACCUUGAAGAACAGGGGCUAUGCCCAGUCCUGCAGGUACAAAAGGGUCCAACAGAGGCAUAUCCUGGAAACCGAGAAGUGUCAGCUCCAGAGCCAAGUGGAACAACUCAAGCAAGAGGUGUCCAGGCUGGCCAAGGAGAGGGAUCUGUACAAGGACAAAUACGAAAAGCUGGCCAGCAGGAGCUUCGCCAGCAGAGAGACCCCCGCACAGCCCAACCCUGGCAAAGGGUCUUCAGACUUCUUCAUGUGAGACCCCGGGACCUCUUGCCCCAAACUGCAGAAGUCUAGAGGCUCCUCCAGGUAAAGGACAAACGGUCAAACUUACAAUAACUUAUGCAUUCUCUUUAAAGCUGUCGUCACCAAAUCAUGACCCAUUUAAUCCAUUCACCAUGUAUUGUGACUGAUUAAGGGCGAAACAAAAUAUGUAUUUUGUUUGUUUUUUUUUCGCCGUCCCUUAAAAAAUACUUGGCUCUGAAUCUCUACAGACGUUGGCCCUGCAGACCUUCGCGUUUCGUUGUAAAUAAGAUGAGCCAGAGAUGGACCUUCUGGAGAGCGAUUUAUCUCCAUGUAGUGGGACUGCUCCUCGAGCCAGAAACUUUAAUUCACAAACCCCCGGUCUUAACUAUCGGCGAAGUCUUAACCACGACAGGCUUAAGAUUCGGCGAAAGCCAUCGAGGACGUGUCAGAGCGGAGAAGACCACUGACGUUUCUCCAGGACUAUGAGGGGAAGAUAGGAAUUCUAGAAACUGCUGAAAACUGUGCAAUUACUUUGGGUCUUAAAUAUACUUUUUUUUUUUUUUUUUUAAAUUAAUCCUGCAUGCAGGUCAUGUACGGUAAUCCAAAGUAUUAUUUUAUACUAGUCGAGACAGGAAAGCAUGAUGUAGAUUUUUUUUGUUUUUUUUUUGCUUGUUUACGCUCUUUUAUGAAUAUUUUUUUUUCCUCGCAAGGAAAAAAAAAA